AGAGAAAGAUAAGCCCAGUGUUGUUGUGUUCACCAGGGUUGUGCUAAUGACACCAGCUCGUAUCUGUGAAUCUGCCCGGGAGUCGCGCGGGGAUCCGAGAGUCUCUGGAGUCUAAACUAAACUGAAUGACCAGAGGAGGAGGAGUCCCACUGUCUGAGUGAGUCUCUCUCUCUCUGUCUCUGUGUGUGUCUCUGUGUGUGUCUCUGUGUGUGUCUCUGUGUGUGUCUCUGUCUCUGUGUGUGUGUGUCUCUGUGUGUGUCUCUGUGUGUGUCUCUGUCUCUGUGUGUGUCUCUGUGUGUGUGUCUCUAUGUGUGUGUGUGUCAGAGAGAGAACUGGAGUGCGUGUGGCUCAGGUCGCAGAGGGGAGUGUGUCUGUGCAAGCGUUUAAGCACCAUGGACAGCAACCGGGAGCCAGUCUCAUUAACAACCAACCAGUGGGAGGUUUAGAGCAGCCCGCUCUCCUCUCAGUGUUGACCGGAGGAGCUCCCGUUGCCAGCGACAGAGACGACUCACUUUUGGAUUUGGAAAUCAUGAUCUAGUCUUUGUUCAUGCAGGAACGGGAUAUGGACUAACAUCCCGCCACCCGCCAAGGGCCGACAGGCGGACACCGGCUCCAGGCUCGGGUUGCUAGUUGGCACAAAAACAUGACAUUUUUUGAAACGGGAUGAAACAGGGAGGUACCUGAACUUAUCCAUUUCAGUUCAUCUUUAUUUAAUCAGAGUAGUGACUGUUUUCCGGGGAGUAGCUUAAGAAACGCUAGUUUUCGUUUCAAAACGUUUUGCUGCCGACCCUCCUGAUUGAGGCCAACCUAGGAGGACAGACCGGCUGGUCUCAAGGAGGAUGUUCGGGCAGGAUGUGCUCCAGCCGGAAGAUCCUGUGGAGCCUGCUGCUGCUGUCAGUGUUGGAGGUGGGUCUGGGGGUGACCAGUAUCGUCCUGGGAGCCGUGGGGCUCAGGAGGGUCAGGGAGGAACACAAGCUGCAGCAAGGAGACGCUUCUCCCGUCUGGAGUGGCAUGUGUUUUCUAAUCUGUGGGAUGUGUGGAGUACUCUGUUCCAAGAAGAGGACUGGACUCAUCAUGAUUCUGUUCUCAGCUUGCUGUAUCUGUGGUCUGAUUGGAGGGAUUCUCAACUUCCAGUUCAUUAGGGCGUUGUCACGACGACCAGACUCUCUACGUUCCCUACACCUAGCAGCCAUGACUAUUGCCUGCCUGGGUAUCUCUUCCUGUACUCUCUCAACCUGGUUAACCUGUCGUCUGGCCAAUUCAGAACAACAGAGGAUGUUUCUGGAGAGAGAACACUCACUACACCACUCACACGAGAUGGCUGAGAAGGAUUCAUACACACACGGAUCUUUCGAGAUCCUUGACAACUUCAGCAAUGGGAUUCCCCAGAUCUCCUACAAUGCUAACACCACAUCUCCUUAACAAUGGACACACCUUGUUGCCCUGACAACUGGCACAUCUUGUAACCCUGACAAUGGAACCACCUUGUUGCCCUGAUGAUGUACACACCCUGUUGCCCUGAUGAUGUACACACCCUGUUGCCCUGAUGAUGUACACACCCUGUUGCCCUGAUGAUGUACACACCCUGUUGCCCUGAGGAUGGACACAACUUGUUGCCCUGACAACGGAGUGACAUCGUGUAACAGAGCUGAGCAGCAUUAUUACACAGCUGUGUGUGUAGAGUACUUCAACACAGGUGGAAGAAGUUUCCCAAAAUAAAACAACAAUGAACGCUAUUCUUGGACAAGUUGUUACGAGUUCUGAUAGUCCCAACACACACAGUCACAUGACAUAUGCCCUCACAGACAGGAGGGACAGACAGCCAAUCAGACACUUCAAACUAAUGAUCACAAAACACGCAUGCAAUUUAUUUAAAAUCUCUCUCCCAUUCCUCUCUCUCCCAUUCCUCUCUCCCCCUGGUUCUGGCUAUAUGAAUGUAGGUGUAUGAAGGAACAGUGCUUUAACGAUCUCAUGCAGAGCAGAAUAUGGAAUUCUUUAAAGUAUCAGACAUACAACCAACGAUGCACACUGUAGAGCUGCUGUGGGUAAACCUCCUGUAGAGCUGCUGUGGGUAACCCUCCUGUAGAGCUGCUGUGGGUAGAGCUGCUGUGGGUAACCCUCCUGUAGAGCUGCUGUGGGUAGAGCUGCUGUGGGUAACCCUCCUGUAGAGCUGCUGUGGGUAACCCUCCUGUAGAGCUGCUGUGGGUAGAGCUGCUGUGGGUAACCCUCCUGUAGAGCUGCUGUGGGUAGAGCUGCUGUGGGUAACCCUCCUGUAGAGCUGCUGUGGGUAGAGCUGCUGUGGGUAACCCUCCUGUAGAGCUGCUGUGGGUAACCCUCCUGUAGAGCUGCUGUGGGUAACCCUCCUGUAGAGCUGCUGUGGGUAACCCUCCUCCUGUAGAGCUGUUGUGGGUAACCCUCCUCCUGUAGAGCUGCUGUGGGUAGAGCUGCUGUGGGUAACCCUCCUCCUGGAGAGCUGCUUUUCUCCAGCAGUGCCCUAACCAGAUCCCGAAGCAGAAGCCUACACACACAGUAACUCUCCAGGAGGCAGGUUAGCUUCCCACUCCUGCUGUAUGUUCAUGCUUGUACUGUAUAUCAGGAAAACAAUCAUUAUGGAGUUACAAUAUUUUUCUAUAGGCUUCUUAUAACAUUGAAAUAAAACUAUG